AUGUCAAGGCCUCGCCGAAGCACUGGCUUGCUGGUUGGUGCGGCCGCCCUGAUCGCCUUCGCCGGCGCCGGCCCCAGCGGCAGCAGGGCCGCCGGGAUCGAAGUCAGCACAUCCUUCAGCCAAGUCUGCACCCCACUCAACAUCUCCUGGACGCCAGACGACAACGCCUACCCCUACACGGUCUGGGUCUCUGGCAUCCGUGGAGCUGCAGAUACCUUCCGGAUCGAGGGCGACUUCCAGUUCAAAUCCAAACAGCUCACGUUUCAGUACGUCGUGCCGCCGCCGACCAUCGGCUUCCAGAGCUACAUCGUCGCCGUCGCCGACAGCAAGGGCAAUGGCAACAGCACUCGACCGCUGACCGUCAAUGUGCCGAACGGCGCCAAUGUCAAUGCCUGCAACCCUUUUACCUCGACGCCCGCGUGGCUCUGGGCCGGCGACCCGCAGAACCAGGGCGCGCAGAUGGAGCAGUGCGGGACCGUGCGUUUCUACAACAUCGACCAGCGCGGCACCGCCCCCUUCACCAUCACCUGGAUCCCCAUCAAGGGCAACCCCAUCACCGUCAACGUGCCCAAGUCGGCGACGCUCAACACGUCGGCAUUCAUCUACGAGACCAAGGUACCCUUCCCCGUCGACACGCAGUUCCAGGUGGUGCUGGGCGAUGCCACCGGCGGCGCCAGCGGCGGAGGAUCCGAGCUCUACACGACCGCCUUCUCGAUGGACCAGGACUGCCUCGAGGCGGGCUACAAGCUCCCCGGAAAGAACAGCACCUACGCGCUGCCGCCUUCGUUCAACCUGCAGUCCUUCCGUGCCCUGCCAGGCGCGAUCAACGGCCCGACUUCCGAUUCGGGAAGCAGUUCCAACGGCAACGGCAACGGCAGCAGCGGUAGCGGCGGAGGUGGCGGUGGCGGCGGCAGCAACGUGGGCGCCAUCGCCGGAGGCGCCAUCGGAGGCGCCAUUGCUCUCGUCAUCGUCAUCGGCUGCCUUAUCGCCUUCCUCCUCUACAAGCGGCGGCAAAAGAGGCGAAAGGAGGAUGCGCGCAAGGAGGAGGUCCACUUUGUCGACCUCGACGGCGACGAGGACGCCGCCAGCGGCUCAGAGGGGCCUGGCGCGGCGGCAAGGCGACGCUCUAGGAUCGUCCAGAGCAACCGGGAGUCUGGUAUCCAGCAGACCUACUCUGUCUCGCCGUUCACCUACCAGCCUUCGGCUCCCGAUGUCCAGCCGGGUCACGAGCUGGCGGAUCGCACCAGCCGACACAGCAGCUACGGCGGCGCAGCGGCCAUGGGCGCAUCCGGCACCGCGACGCCCUCAUCGCCCAUGCAGCCGGCCGACGGAGCGCAGUACAACGAUAUGCUGGCCGCGGCGGGCAUGGCGCGGGUGCCUAGCUCGAACCACAGCGGCGCUGGCGGCCGGCCGACGUCGUCGCACUCGUUUGGCUCCAACCAUGGCCUGCUGUCCAGCCCGACGGCGUCCUCGCCGCAGCUCGUCAGCCCCGUGGCGCCGUUUGCGUUCGCAGAUCGACACCGGUCCAACUCGCACGGCUCGACGGGCGCGUACAGGCUGCGGACAACCAACGACGACUUGCCGCCCGCGCACGAUGGCGAGGGGCUGGCGAUGGGCCAUGCCUCGGGCUCGGCGUCGCGGCAGGCGGGCCCUCUGCCCAACAAGGCGCCGCUUCCUGGCGACGAGGAGACGAGGCAGUCGCAGAAUGCCCGCCGGGUGCUGAUGCACUCGGAUGGUGGGCCGCUCCCGCAGCCCGAGAGCGACGACGACGACGCGGUCGAAGAGCUUCCACCCCAGUAUGGCGGGUGGACCUCGACGAGCGGUGGCGGUGGCGGUGCCGCUCCGCCUCCGCUUCCGUGA